AAAAAUUUGCUUCUUACCUGUGAAGAAAAUUACCAGAAAACAACUCCAAACUCAACGAAGAAAAUUAUCAAAGAACAGAACAGCUCUAAGCCCAAUGAAGAAACUAAUUAUAAGCUAAAGCUGAAGCAAACUUUAAAACAUUUAAAAGGAACAGAACAACUCCAAGAUGUCAAAGAGAACUACCAGAAAACAACACAAAAUGCCAAAGAGAACUACCAGAAAACAAUACAAAAUGCUGAAAAGAACUUUUCAACCUCUUUCUAA